GUACAAAGUGCGAAUUUGGAAGUCCGCCAAAAAUCUCUUAGAUCUCUUCCCUCAUGGUGGCUGAAGUCUCUGCGUCCACUCUCGAGGCCCUCGAGGCAACGCUCCUCAAUACGUCGGGCACUGUGCCACUUCACAACCGGUUCAGAGCUUUAUUUACGCUGAAGUCCCUUAAAAACGACGAUGCUGUCGAGAUUAUCUCGAAAGGUUUCAGGGACGAUUCUGCCCUUCUUAAACACGAGCUCGCAUAUUGUCUUGGCCAGAUGAAGAACACAAAAGCGCUUCCCAUAUUGGAGUCGGUGCUGUCGGACGAGUCUGAGGAUCCCAUGGUUCGGCAUGAGGCAGCUGAAGCUAUGGGCGCAAUAUCAUCCACUGCAUCCCUCCCCGUUCUGGAGAAAUACGCAACUGACCCUGAGAGAAGCGUUCGCGAAACCUGCGAGAUCGCAAUAGACAAGAUUCGAUGGGAUAAUUCGGAGGAGGGUCAAAAGUUCAGCAAAAUUGUAGAGGAGUCUAAGGAUAGGUCUUACUCGUCCAUUGAUCCCGCUCCCCCGAGCUCCCGACUGUUAUCCGGCAAACCAGCACCAGAAGACUUGUCCGAGACGACUAUAUCACAGCUGCGUGCUACCUUGCUCGAUAAGAAACUGCCCCUUUUCGAGCGGUACCGGGCCAUGUUCGCCUUACGGGACAUCGGUACGCCUGCUGCGGUCGAUGCCCUUUCUGCAGGCUUCGCAGACGAUAGCGCUUUGUUCAAACACGAAAUAGCUUUCGUCUUCGGCCAACUUCUGUCGGCGCAUUCCGUCCCCUCUCUAUUACAGGUACUUCGGGACACCAACGAGUCCGAUAUGGUUCGCCAUGAGGCGGCUGAAGCGUUGGGUGGGAUUGCUACUCCCGAGGUUCUCCCCCAUCUCAAAGAAUGGAUGAACCGUGAAGAUGCUCCUCGUGUCGUCAGAGAGAGCUGCCAAGUCGCGAUUGACAUGUGGGAGUACGAAAACUCGGAUCAGUUCCAAUAUGCCGAUGGACUGGGUUCAACACCUGCAUCCGUCUCACUCACGGCGUAAAGUUAGACGUGUCAUAUGUAUCGAUUAGUCAAUUCCACUGGUGUAUUUGUCAACAUGAUCAUGGAGUGCUGUGAGGAUGGUAAUAUAUGUUCUGUUGUACUCUG